CAAUAUGGCCGCGUUCUGGAGAAGGAUUGAAUCUGAUAUGAACACAUGUAUGUGAUACCUGACAAUUUCAACGACUGAAAAACUUUGUUUUUAUAUGACUGGAGUCAUGGAGAAGUAACAAGAAACAAGCUGUAUGGUUUAGACAAAUGUACUUCGUAGUAUUUACUGACUUCAUAACACCAAGUGGUCACUAAAAGCCAAAUAGCAAAGAUGCAUUUCUCAAUUGUACAAGGAAUAAAAGACUUGGAGAAACUACUUGUGUUUAGCGAAGAUAGAAGAGCAACAUGUCCACUAUGUCCAGAGACAAAAUACAAGCCUGUUAAAUUGUUUCAGUUACGUAAGCAUUUCCGCUCACAUGAACGGAGUGGAGUUCGUUAUGAAGGUUUCCUAGUGCUGGGAUGCCACCAUGAUUGCAAAGGCAACCAAGAUCACCAUUCUCACUACCAUUGUGUCACAUGUGACAAAAUACUUGCCAGGAGAGCAACUUUUGAGCAUCACAUCCGACACUGCUCUCGUAUCAAGUUUGUAAGUGUGGACAAUUACCGACCAUGGUCGGAGCAGCAGCAGCAGCAGCAUACCAGUGACAUGCUUAGUAUGUCAGAUAGAAUAGUACCAACAAAAAUGGAAGCUUUUGAUCCAGGAAGUAUGCCAUUCCAUCUAUCCAAUCAUACAUUGCAGCAGUCUGCAAUCAACAACAUCCAACAGUCUGUGUACCCUCUAGAAGCUAGCAUAGCAUUACCACAGUCAAAUAACAUGAUGUCACAAUCCAACCAAGGUAUUGUAGCUAUCCAGUCCACUCAUGUCAGUACUGUUGCCGCUAUGUCCACACAAGGUACUAAUGUUGCAGGUCAGGUUGAUGGUGUAGCUAUGCCGUCUACGCUUGGCAGCCACUCAACACCUCGGUCUGUGCAUGGAAAUCCUGGAAUUGGUGGAUCAUCACAUGGUAGUAUUUCAAAAUCUACUCAGUCAACACACGGCCAUGGUGGGUCCAGUAUGAUGACACAGUCGAGGCAUGUCUCUGAUGUCAACAGAAUUCAAUCACAUGUAGCAAAGGAGAGUGGUCCAUUAUCGAAAACAGUUCGUGUUAACGGUACAAAUAGUCAAUCAACACCGAGUGGUGAUGAUUCCUCAUACGUAACCGUGUAUCUCUCUGAAGUUCAUUCUUAUGGUCAAAGUGAUACCUCCCCAGAUUCGGGACAACGAGAACAACAAAUAAAACCCGUAACAAACGAAGAGCAAGGUUUCCCAGAAUUUGUCACUUACCCUCGAAGUGACAGCUCCCCAGAAAUGGUCAUACAGCGGACGCGACAGAUAACUGAUGAGGAACGCGGCUACUCAGUGAGCGAGGAUGGGACAAGCUCGCAUCAACCGGAAUCUGACAACAAAUGUAUGUGCAAAACGUGCGGAGAUGUGCAUGAUGCCAGCAAGCGUGUUGAAAUGCUUGAAGGACAUGUUGAAGGCUCAUUUUCAUUUGCUUGGUGUCUUGAUCUAUGUGUCAACCAUGCCAGUAUUAAUAGUAACAAUUUGAUUAACCCAAAUUAUCGUAUUCAGAUCAACUGUACAUGCAUUGAUUGCUCUCACAUCAGGAAAGUACAAGAACUACUUCUUUCUAAAAACAUGCGUGAUAGCUUUAACGUUUAUAAGAGGCAUUGGGCAAUGAAACGCCCUAGAAACACACAACAAUGCUUGGAUAUGUGAUCGGACUUGUAUAACUAGUACAUUUGUCAAUGACGUUAUG